UUUUUGCAAAUAAAUCUCUCCGUUCAGCGGUCAACACCAGCGGUAGGGUUCGGGUCGGCGAGGAUGGGGGAGGGUCGCUCGUGCUAGUCUGCACCAGAUUGAGACGAUCGCCAACCCCAAGGGGCUCUGCGUCGUGUCGCAGACUGCAGGGUCGCUCGUGCUGGUCUGGCCCGGGCUCCAGAAGGAGCAGGUGAGGAUCGAGCAUUACGCAUCGAAGAGGACGAAAUUCAUCAUGGCGCACGAUUCGUGGACUGCAUGCUUUGCGCUCUCUGAAGACGGCAAGUUCCUGGCUACAGCGAGCACGAAAGGGACUCUCAUUAGGGUCUUUAAUGCGGUUGAUGGUACUCUGUUGCAGCCUUGCAGGAGGUAAGUUGUUUUGAAUGAGGAAUUAGUCUAUCUGGAACUGGAACGUAGUUUAUGCAUUUUAUUUUAGCUAAAUUGAGGUGUUCAAGACCCUUUGUUGAGCUCAGAAACGAGUGAAUUGGAAGAACAUUUGAAUUGUCAGAUGACGUACUCCUUUUAGGAGAAAAUAUUACAGCAAAACGUGGGUUUGAAAUCUAGAAAGUGACUUUGGUGAAUAUAAUUAUUAGGCAGUGUCAUGACCAAAUUUUAAUGUGGGUUAUGCAUUGAGUAGUGUUUUAUUUCUUAGGAGCUGGUUACUUGUAGAUAACAGCUGUAAACCUUUAUUUAUAGUUGUCUUUGUUUAAUUUGGUUGGACUACACUAUGUAACUCAUGGUUCCAUUGGUCUCAUAGUGUUGCUAAUGCCCAUUUAUAGUUUGUUAUUGUCAAUCUUGUUCCAUGUGGAUGAGUUGUCCUGGACCAAGUUAGGUUGGAACAUUUGGUUUUCUGAUGCUGACUUGUAAGUUACAUUGGUUGUGAGUCCACCAUGUUAAAGACACCUCGUGUAUUGAGGCAAAUCAGUUGUUGCUGGUAAGAUGUAGCGUUACCUAUGUGCUGCUCCUACCAUUGACAGCCAUUUACUGCAGUUGAUCUUCACUGGUAGGACAGCCAUUUAUUGCAGUUGAUCUUCAUUUUUUAUUUCCCUUAUGGGCAGUUCGCUCUACCGCUAGUGGUGACCACUUUGUGAGUUACUUGCCCAAAGACAAGACUGUGGCGAGCGGGCUUGGUGCUAGGGAGGGAGAGCCAGAUCCAGUGGAGUCGCAGCGAGUGGUAUCUUCCGAAUAGAGAGUUGUUGCGGUUCCUCAAGCUUAGGCCCAGAAAGUUCUAAAAGAAGGAAACUUCUCGGAAACUUCUUGCAUGACUCAAGGCGUUGACUAUAUUUACUCAAGGGAUAUUCAGAGAUUUUUCCCCCUCCAUGACGCCGGAGAUUGAGAGCUCAUCGUAUUGACAGCCCUUGCUUGGAUCCAAGCACACCCAAAGCAAACUUUCUUGAGAUAUUUGGUGUUUAGAGAUCAUACAAUGGAGAGAGGGACGAGUUCAUGGGCAUCAUCCGGAUAUUUGUACGAGGUUUUUCUAAAUUUUCGAGGAGUAGACACCCGUCAUGGAUUUACUGAUUUUCUUUACCAUGGGAUGGUUGGUGCUGGAAUCCUUGUCUUUAGGGAUAGCGAAUCCCUACAUGUAGGUGAAGAAAUUGGUGCUGAACUUCUACAAGCAAUUGAGAACUCCAAGAUUUACAUUCCCAUAUUCUCCGCAAAUUAUGUUUCAAGUUGCUGGUGCCUCCGAGAGCUUGCAUACAUGGUCAAGUGCACCUUGAAAUCGAAUGGGAACAAGGAGAUUCUACCUAUUUUCUUGGAUGUGGAACCUGUUGAUGUUAAGCUGAAAACAAACUUGUAUAAACAAACUCUUUCAAAGCUCCAACAAACAUUGUGCAGUGAAGUAGAGUCAUGGCAAAAGGCUCUCAUUGUAGUGGGUAAGAUAAAAGGAUGGAACUUGAAGAAAGAUGAAAGCCAAGUAGAUUUGAUCCAAUCGGUAAUUGAAGCUGUUUUGGUUAAGCUGAAUGUCAAAUAUAAAAAUGUGACUGAGCACCUAGUUGGAGUUGAUGAUCGUGUAGAAGCUAUAAUUAAGAUUUUGGAUGUGGAAUCUGAUGGUGUUAAAUUUCUCACGAUCCAUGGAAUGGGAGGUGUUGGCAAACAACACUAACCAAAGUUGUCUUCAAUCAAUUGUCUUCUCGGUUCCAAGGCUGCAAUUUCCUUUCGGAUGUUUGAGAGUCAUCAGAACGACAUGGCUUGGUACAUUUGCAAAAACGAUUGUUAUCCAAGUUCCUUGAUCGUCGUUAUGUUGACCAAAUUAGUGAAGUGGAUCAUGGGAUCGACAUGAUUAAGAGGGUACUUUAUAAUAAAAAAAUUCUCAUUGUUCUUGACGACGUGGAUGAAAAC